ACCGCCUUACCAUACUAUAAAUAGAGCUUUUCCUCUUUUUCUCUUUCAAUGUUCUAGGGUUUCCAUCAGUUUCAGUUGCAGCCGCAGAUUUUCAAAGAUCUACCGCCAUGGGGAGGAGACCUGCAAGGUGUUAUCGUCAGAUUAAAAACAAGCCUUACCCAAAGUCACGUUAUUGCCGUGGUGUACCUGAUCCAAAGAUCAGGAUUUAUGAUGUGGGGAUGAAAAGGAAAGGUGUGGAUGAGUUCCCUUUCUGUGUGCACCUGGUAUCUUGGGAGAAAGAAAACGUCUCUAGUGAGGCGUUGGAGGCUGCUCGAAUUGCUUGCAACAAAUAUAUGGCCAAGUUUGCAGGAAAGGAUGCCUUCCACUUGCGAGUCCGUGUUCACCCAUUCCAUGUCUUGCGUAUCAACAAGAUGCUUUCCUGUGCUGGAGCUGAUAGGCUUCAAACUGGUAUGCGAGGUGCUUUUGGCAAGCCACAGGGUACUUGUGCUAGAGUAGCCAUUGGUCAGGUUCUCCUUUCUGUUCGUUGCAAGGACAGCAACAGCCAUCACGCACAAGAGGCCCUCCGCCGCGCUAAGUUCAAGUUCCCUGGACGCCAAAAGAUUAUUGUCAGCAGGAAGUGGGGUUUUACAAAGUUCAGCCGUACUGAUUAUUUGAAAUACAAGUCAGAGAAUCGGAUUGUUCCUGAUGGUGUUAAUGCUAAGCUUCUUGGAUGCCAUGGACCUCUUGCGGAUAGGGAACCGGGAAGAGCAUUCCCGCCUGCUGCUGCUUAAGAUCUUAAGUUGCUCUAAAUCUGGAAGUACUUGGCCGAGUCUUAAUUGUGUUUUGAGGCUUUAUUUAUCAUUAAUGUUAGUGCGUGAUGAAAGAACUUUUGUUUUGUUGAACACUUAAUUGAUCUAUUACUUCCAUUAUACUGUGUUUCAGGUAA